UCCCGCAAUGGGUGUGCUGCUUAUUGCCCCGAAACCGAUGCUAUAAUGCGUAAACUUAAUCUAUGGCGUAAACGAAAAUAGACACCUUUUCAUAUUUGUAAGAUGGAAAUGUAAACUAACUAUAACGAGAUAAAAUAGGAAAUUGAUUUUAUUUGUAUCAAAUAAAAUGGUUUAAAAAAUUAACGUUUUUUGCCUUUAAUAAAAUUCUAUGAUUUCAUGUGCGUAAUGUGAUAAUGAUUGGAUAGUAUUGGAAUGUUGUCAUGUAAUAAUAGUACUUUUCAUGUUUUCAUUUAAAAAUUGAUUGGAACCACACUUUGAGAAGGAAAUGGAUUUAUUUGGAGAAAUUGUAGAACCAAUUAGUCGCGCUCUUUGGAGUGACGAUUUUAUGGAGUAUCCGGAAAAUAUUGGUUUUAUGUUCAGAACCCAACUGCAAUGGAAGAAUGAUGUAAUGACAGUACCAAAUCGAAUAGAAACAUUGAUUGUUAUUGAAACGAAUGAGUUACUUGAAAUAGUUGAACAUUGUUUGCCAGUGAACAAAACUGCAUUGAAUAAAUUAAAAGAAGUACAGUUAGAAGUAUACGACAUGCAAGCCAGUACAUAUAUAGUUCUCUGUCGCUUUGCUACAAGUACAAUUUACACAGAGAUAACUGAAGUUUUAGAGAAUUGGUUAAAAAAUAGCAACAACAUUGUCUGCCUCACAUCAAAAUGUAAUGCUAUAUAUCAAGAUGAUUGUCACAUUAAUGAAAAGAAUACAUUUAUAAGACAUCUAACUGUUAAACCCAUUACAAAUACAUUUUCACAAGUUCUAAAAUCUCCCAAUUUAAUAACAGGUUUAGCAGCAGGAAUAUUAACAUACAGCAUGAUUAAUGGGCUUCACUGUACAUCUUUUAUGGUGUAUUUAGAAGUGGCUCCAUUGGAUUCCAUAAAUACAAAACAUGUGUUGGAUUUACUAAAAUGUUAUUAUAAAGGCCCCAUUAAACCUUAUAAAUUGUCAACAAAGUUGCCAAAAAAUAAUGUAUACAUGUAACUCAUAUUUUCUAAUAUGAUUAAAUGAUCAAUAAAUGUAAUGAAAUUUA